UAUAAUCAUAGUCUAUCGCCAAAUCAGUUUGUCCGUAUGCGCCGGGCUGUGGAACGUGCUCUCAAUGUGUGGCCAAGUCACUUGACUGAAAUCUGAUGUUAAGCGCCGCGCGUGCAGAGGAAAAUGGUCCGAAGUCGGCGGCCCGCGGACUAAGAUAAUGCGAGAUAAGUAUGGUCGGACUGACGGUGCUUUUUCAUCCCGUAAAGAUGGAUCGUGACAGUGUAGGUAAUCUAUACCGUGCUGCUGUUAAAUACAGUCGUACAAUGAGGCGGUUUGCCCCCGACCCCCGUGACAACCUUGAUUCUCUCGGAAGAUCACAAAUCACACUACACUAUGUCGGCCAACCCCCUCACCUACCCCUCAUCCCGCCGACCUUUCUCCUUGGAUGUUUUCAAGAGCCCUCCCAGCGAGUACCGGGGAGCACCCUUCUGGGCAUGGGUAACCAAGCAGGAGAAGCAGUCCACUGUGGAUCAAAUAAAGAUGCUUGAGGAGAUGGGGAUGGGCGGAUUCCACAUGCACACCCGUGUCGGGCUGGAUAUCCCCUAUCUUGGAGAAGAAUUUAUGAGCAUCGUUGAGGGAUGUGUAGAUGAGGCAAAGAAGAGGGGAAUGUCAGCAUUCUUGUAUGAUGAGGAUCGAUGGCCUAGUGGAUUUGCGGGAGGCAAGGUUCUCGAAGGGCAUCCAGAACUCAGACAUCUACAUCUGUUGUUCACUCCCUGGGCUUAUGGUUCAGAAUUAGGGUACAAGAAACCCGAUUUUCCCAUUGCCAACGCUGCACCUAUGCGGAGUGAGCUUGGUACCCUUUUGGCUAUGUACGCCAUUAAGCUCCAAGACGGGUUUCUUCACUCAUCCCGUAUCAUCUCCUCCACUUCCGACCUCAAAACUUCUGAAGUUGUGUGGUAUGCUUAUGCCGAACCUUUGCCUGAUAGCGGCUUCUUCGGAGAUCAGACUUACACGGAUCUCCUCAGCAAAGAGAUGACAUCUCGCUUUAUCGAGGUCACGCAUGAAGUGUACAAAAAGCAUGUAGGAUCAAGCUUCGGGAGCGUUGUACCCUCAAUUUUCACUGAUGAACCGCAAUAUUGUCCUAUGUCGACGCUCAAUGUUGCUGAGAAGCCUCAAGACGUCUUCCUCCCAUGGACAAGAGGGAUUAUUGGUUCUUUCAAAGCUAGCAAGGGUGGAGAUCUGCUGGAACUUCUACCUCGACUCGUCUGGGACUCUGCAGAUGGACAGCCAAAUACCACAAGAUCCCAAUUUUUGGAUCAUGUAUGCGAACUUUUUUCAACAAAUUAUAUUGGCACGAUCGCAAAGUGGUGUGCGAAAAACAAUAUUAUGUGCAUUGGGCAUAUGAAUGCAGAACCCACAUUGGCAUCCCAAACAGCUCAGAAUGGCGAAGUCAUGCGAUGUUAUCGUGAAAUGCAGUUCCCAGGAAUUGACAUGCUCUGCGAUAAACGCGAACUCAACACCGCAAAGCAAGCCGCUAGCGUAGCUCGUCAGUACGGUAGGCCAGGGGUAAUGAGUGAACUCUACGGCGUGACCGGCUGGCAGUUCACUUUUGAGGGUCAUAAAGGGCAGGGAGACUGGCAAGCGGCGCUGGGAGUCACGCUUAGAGUGCACCAUUUAUUCUGGAGUACGAUGGAAGGGGAGGCGAAAAGGGACUAUCCUGCGUGUAUCGGGUAUCAAUCCCCUUGGUGGAAAGAGUACAAGACGAUCGAGGAUCACUUUGCACGAGUCAAUUCCGCCUUAACUCGAGGUAAACCUGUUACCAGGGUCGCUGUCAUCCAUCCUAUCGAGAGCUAUUGGCUCUGCUUUGGUCCAAAGGACAAGAAUGCAGAGGAGCUCGAUUAUCGCGAGCAGGCAUUUGCUCAGCUUACAGAAUGGCUACUCGGCAGCCACAUCGAUUUUGACUUUAUCUCCGAGUCACUCUUCCCAGAACUCACCUCUCUCGAAGAGAUUACUAGUACUCUUUCCGUUGGAGAGUGCAAGUACGAUGUUGUUAUUGCCCCAAACCUUCGCACCAUCCGAUCUACCACUCUUGAAAGAUUGGACAAAUUUGCGAAAGAAGGCGGUAAAGUUAUAUUCGCGGGAUCUACACCGACCCUUGUCGACACCCUCACUCCUUCCUCACCACCUUCCAUACCCAUGGCGGUCACACUUCCAUGGUCUAGAGCCCAGGUUCUAUCUGCUCUUCAGCCCUUCAGAGAUGUUGAUAUGGUAAUCAAUGAGAGCACCUUGUAUAGGACCCAAGGGAAGAAAGCCGAUACCUUGUUUUACCAGAUGAGGGAAGAGGGUGAAGAACGUUGGGUGUUUAUAUGUAACACCGACCGUAAGGAGAGUACUCCUGUAGAAGUUGGAUUCAAAGGGGAGUGGAAGAUUGAGGUCCUUGAUACAAUGAAGGCGGAUGCAUGGGCGAUCCAAUGUAAUCAGAGGAACGGGUGGACCUAUCUCAAAUAUUGGUUUGACGGAUGUGAGAGUGUGCUUCUGCAUCUCGUUCAAGGGUCUUCGAAGAAUGGGAAGCCUCAAACGGUUGUGAGGAGACAAUACAAGCAAGUGGCCGAUGUCAAACUCCAAUCCAUCUCCCUUUCUGAACCCAACACCCUAUUACUGGAUUAUUGCACUUACAAAUGGGAUGAUGAGCCUUGGUCCUCCUCCUCGGAGGAGAUCUUGGCUAUUGACCAGCUCCUUCGCCGACGUUUCGGUCUGUUCCUCAAAGGCGCCAAAUUCCGUCAACCUUAUACUAUCCCAUCAUCUUCUCGCAAGCCCAUAGGCAAGCUUCGUUUGCGUUUCGUGUUCAGAGCUGCAUGCGAAGUGCAAGAAGCCCAUCUGGCGAUUGAGGGUGCUGACAAAGUCAAGAUGUGGCUAGACGGACAGCAAGCGAAGAUGAAGGUUGAUGGGUGGUGGGUCGAUAAAUCUAUCAAGACUAUCCCCUUGCCUUGUAUCACCGAGGGAACGCAUACGAUUGAGUUUGAGUACGACUAUAGUAUGCUUACGAACCUUGAGCGCAUUUAUAUCCUUGGCUCAUUCGGUGUCGAUGUUCGAGGCAGAACGACGUCCAUUGUCCCUCUUGACCUCUCGACCAUCGAAUGGGGUGAUAUCACCCGCCAAAACCUUCCGUUCUAUACGGGCAAUAUCACCUAUCAUUGUACAUUCACCUCACUUGGCAACACCCCUCAAGCUAUCAGAGUUGCUCGUUACGCUGGCCCAGCCGUAUCAGUCGACGUUGAUGGCUCCCGCGCAGCGCUGCUUGUUCAUGAACCCUAUGCGUUUGAGCUUGGAAACCUUUCAAAGGGUGCGCAUACCGUCGAUUUCACUUGCUAUGGUGACAGACACAAUGCAUUUGGAGCUGUACAUCUCGUCCCCAACAAGACAAAUUGGCUCAAUGCCGAUACUUGGAGGAGUGAUUAUGAUUGGUGGUCGGAGGAAUAUGUUUUGGGAGAGAUUGGCAUUCUCAAUGCGCCAAGGGUCGAAGAGCCCGGAUUAGAAGUACCCAAACAAGUAAGAAGAGGCCUGAUGCUGCAUGUGUAGAAAAUAUGUAAAGUUUUAUAUGGCCGAUCUAUG